ACCAGCUUCUUACCUGCGGCCGGCCGGGCCGACGGGGCACCCAGAGAUUGGCCUUUGGGCUGGCCGCCUGGCUUGUGAUUGGCCCUCCGGGGAGGGGGUGGGCCGGCCAGCUCGCUCCUGGGGCCCGGACUCUAGGGGCUCUAGGUAACCUGGCCGCGGUGGUUCAUCCAGGCUCCCCUCCCAGCAAGCAUGGCGAGCGGGCUGGUUUUAAAUCACGAACUCUCAAAACUCUUCAACCAACUGUGGGAUGCUGACCUGAACCGUUUGGGGCCUGGCAGAGACUAUGCCAUCUCCCUGCAGGGGAAGGCAGACUUUGUUCCCCAAGGGAUCCACAAGGCCCCUGACCAUGCUUCGCAGGCACUCUUCCUCUGGGUGAAUGAGGGUCGGUUGCAAAGCACUAAGACCUUUGCAGCUUUUAUCUCCCUUCUGGAUAACUAUGAGACAUCCACAGGGGUAGCAGAAAAUGUGACUUUGGAGGAAGAAGCUGAAAACAACCGAUUUUUGGACGCCAUCUUGGAGACCGAAGUGAUGAAGCUCGCGCAUCAGUAUCUGGUGCGGAAAAACUUAUCUAAGCCCAGCCAGAGGGAUUUCAAGGCUCAGCUCUACAGCAUCUGGUUCCAGCUGUACACUCGGGAUGGACGCCAAGGGCCUGAUUCUUGUGGUUUUGAGCAUGUGUUUGUGGGUGAGACCCGGCGAGGCCAGGAAAUCCUGGGCUUCCAUAACUGGGUCCAGUUCUACCUGCAGGAGAAGCGGGGCAACAUCGAUUACAAGGGCUACGUGGCCAGGCAGCACAAGAGCCGGCCUGAUGAAGAUGACCAGGUGCUGAACCUUCAGUUCAGCUGGAAGGGUUUGGUGAAACCUGUGGGCAGCACCUUCUUGGGUGUGAGCCCUGAGUUCGAGUUUGCCCUCUUCACCAUUGUGUUCCUGCAGUCCCAGGAGAAGGUCACUCGGGUGCUUGUCGGCAUCGAGGAGUAUGAGCUCCAAAUUGUGGUCUACCGCCACGGCCACCAUAUUGGUUCUGCCUACCCCAAACUGGUCAGCAGCAACAAUGAGGCUCUGUACUAAAACUUGCCCUGGCCGGGCUGGGCUGGGGCCCCCAACCUGGAGGGAUGGUGGGUAAAUCCUUCUUGGUCGAAGCCUUUGGGUAGGAUUAGAAUAGAGAGGAACAGAAGCUGUUGUCUUGUAGGGUAGAAAUGGGGCUCUGCUGCUUGGGAACAAGAGUUCUGGGUUCGAGAAGUUAGUGCUUCCUGGUCAGGGCCUAGUGUUCACCACAAAACGUGCACUCCUCUUCCUCUCAGCCCUGAAAAUGCUUGUUCCAGCUGUGAAUGUCCUAAUUAUUCUUGGCAAGACAAAGAUCCAAGAUAAUCCCAGAGACUCUCUGAACCCCCGUCGCCUAGCCCCAACUGUUCUGUCUUGGAAACGAUACUUACCAUCAACUUUAGGACAGAAGAUGAGAGGUUUUCAAAACAUGGUUUUUACAUGUAAUUGAGAGAAAAUUAAGUAUCUCCCCCCCUCCCCCCCUCCCCCGGCCCCCAGCUUGGACUCCACGCUUCUCUUCCAAAUGAUUGUAUAAGUGAUUUCUCCGGUGUCAUGCCAACUAUUCUGGGAGGGAAAGCUCACAGGAGAACAGCAAGGAAGGGGCCCAGUGGCCACCUGCUCAAGCCCGUCAUUUCACGCUUGGGACUUAGGCCCAGAGAGGGCGGAUGCCCAGUGGGUCACACCGUGGGUGAGAGGCAGAGCCCAGAUCCCCAGAUUUCUGGUCCAAGGCCCCUUCUCUAGUUACGCCACAACAACAUUCAGUACAGGUUGGUGUUCUCCCACUCUAGCCACCGGCCAAUCUUUCAAGAUGGAGUCCAAUGAGAACACUGAAGCUGGGCCUUCCUUUUCAGUCUGAAUUUAACAAGAAAAAGAAUGAGUCCUACCGUGUGCACAGGAGAGUAGGAAAGGAGGUUUGUCCACAACACUUUCUCCUGUAUGGCUUGCCUUUCUUUGAGAAUCUAGAAUCAAUUCUGACUUUCCUGCUGUUUACUUUGGAGCAUUUCUAUGCUUUAUCUUUUCUUUAAUAACAAAUUUCCACACAAGCUUUCCGAAGUUAUAUGAUUCACGUUGUCUCCCUCCCUUCUUCCCAGACACGCAUUUCAAGUGUGCAUUUUUAUUUUACUUUAGAAUAUUUAAUUAAAUUAAUUAAUUUGGACCAUUUUUCCAGGGUUCCAUGAUUCGUGUUCUUUCCCUCCCCUCCUCCCACCCCGCUCCCAUAGCCAAGGCAGAUUCCACUGGGUUUUACAUGUGUCCUUGAUCAAGCCCUAUUUCCAUAUUAUUGAGAUUUGCACUAGGGUGAUCCUUUAUAGUCUCCAUCCUCAGUGUUAUCCCCAUCGAAACAUGGGAUCAAGCAUCAACUGUGCCUUUUUAAAAAAGCACCAAGGACUCCCUUUCUCUUCUUUUUGGGGCAGCUCCCAGGGCCAAAGUGAAAGGAAAAUCCCCACCCCUUAUAACAAAAGUGAAAAGCAAAGCAAAAUGAGUUCCCACAUUGGCCCUGCCUAGAAAUGUACAUCUUCUUCAGUAGGCAUGGUCUAGCCCUCUUCACUCAGGGGGGGUGGCCUGCAGGCCUCUGGUAAUCCUGGCUGGCCCAGGUGCUGAGCUGAGCUUUUCAAUGCUGUUUCCUCGCCAUGUUGUCAUCCUGCUUCUCUCACUUCACACAAGUCUUCUUCCCAGGUUCCUCUGGACCUGUCUCUUUGUUCCUUUAAAAAAACAAACACACUCCUCCUUCUCAUCUUAGAAUCAAUACUGUGAAUUGGUUCCAAGGCAGAAGAUUGGUAAGGUCUAGGCAGUGGGAAUGAAGUGACUUGCCCACAGUCACACAGUGAAGGAAGUGUCUGAGGUCAGAUUUGAACCCAGGACCUCCCAUUUCUAGGGUUGGCUCUCUACGUUACAGAUAAAAGAGUGGUUGGCAUAAACUGUGACCAUGGAAAUAUGGUUUCAAAUCAUAAAUAUAGUGGUUGCCAGGGAAAAAAUUCCCAAAUAUGAAAUAUACCCAAGUCAGCUGGGUUUUUAUGGAAAAUUUAAUUAAUACAAAUAAGGAAUUAAAGAAAGAGAGAGAGAGAGAGAGUAAGAGGAAACAAUGAGAAAAGUGCUAGGCCAGCCUAGGCCCCAGCCCUAAGAGAGAGAUCAGUCAGUCUUUAAUCCACUCACCACAAAAUUUGUCCCAAGCAAGACUCUAGUGUUCAGAGAGACCCACCAGUUCAGCUCCUGAGCUACACUUCAGUUUCCAAGGCUGAAUUUUCUCUCCAGAGGCCUUCUGAUUCUCCUUUUAAAGAGAAUUUUCUCCUAUGUCACCUCCCCUAAGUUCUCACAUCUACCAAUUACAGUAGACGUUUUCACAGGAUUGACUAUUAAUUCACAUCUUCUUUAGUUCUCUCAACUUCUCUGGGUAGACUAAAACUGAGUAAGUUCACACUUCUUUGCCCCUUGCAAGUUUGCAAGUUUCCUGACCUUUAUAGUUACUUAACACCCUUUUGUAUUAGAUCUAAAAAGAGACUUAGCUUAAGGCUUUUGCCUCACUAUAAGUAUGAGUUAAAUACUUUUCAUUGUUCAGUAAAGAGUUUUACAACUUUAUCUUCCCCUAAGGCAUGCUUAAGUAUGGGUGGAGUAGAGUUCUCACAUUCCUGAUCAAGUACCUUCAUUGUUUAAAGUGGGGAAUGGUCUUAACCAAAUCUCCUAAGGUUGAGUCUGAGAAUUUUUAACAUUCACAAGUCUGAGACAUUUUAAGAUUCACCCCACUUCACUGCUCCUUUGAUCAUUUUUUAUGACAGUAAUGUUCCAUUAUAAUCAUAGACCACAAUGUAUUCAGCCAUUCUCUAGCUGAUGGGCACUCUCUUCCAGUUUCCAGUUCUUUUUUAUAACCCAAAAGAACUACUAUCAAUAUUUGCAUAUAUAUGGGCAAAGCUUUCCUUCCCUCAGUCUUUGACUUCCUUGAAAUGUAGAUAGCCCUAGGUGAUAUAAUUGGGUCAAACCAGUUCUGGGGUCAGAAGGACUGUGUUGAUAGUUGACUCCGGUUCCUGCUCCCUUGCCAAUAGCUCCGGGACCCCCUCUUGCUCUAGUAUAAUGCCUGCAUUUUGAGGCUUCCUAAAGGCAGUCUUCUUCUAGAUUCCAUCCCUAGAGUCCAAAGAUCUGUCUCCCUAUGCAGCCCUAUGCUAGAAAAAUGAUUCACUGUCAUUUGUUUUUCUUGGACUUCUUGAUCACAAUUCAAUCUUGUGAUCUUCUUAGAUCUUUAUUCAAUUAGUUGUGGGCAGGAGAGACUUGAUAAUAUGUGGGAGCCCUCAACCCUUCCUGGCUGAGUGACCUUGGGGGAGUCCCUUACUGCCCUUCUGCCUUAGAAUCAAUACAUACUAGUGAAGCUGACAGAAGGUAAAGAUUGUUUGUUUAAUGGUGUGCUGGAGCCAGCUCAAACCAGAAAGUCAACUGGCAAAUUUUCAGCCUGAGACUUUGCAUCUCAGGAAUCAGUAAAAGCUACAUAUCAGGGCUCGAUUGACCAUUUUGUUGAUUGUCUAGACUUCAGGAAGUGAUGGAGGAAAUGUCCAUUGUGGAGCAGAGCCUUAGAAGGGGAUUUUCAGAUAAUCGGUUGUUAAAUAUUGAAGGGAGGGAGGGGAACCGGAGGGCUGAGGGGACAUUGAGCUGUCCUGUUUCCUUGGUCAUCUUUGCUGUUCUCCUGUGUGAUGGAAAUGUGCUAAAAAGAAAGGAAGUAAAGUCUUGGGUCCUUCAGAUGGC